GAGCCGAGGCCUCCGAAGCGGAAGUGGGUUGCUGUUGAGGCGGCGGCAUCUUUCUCGAGGGGCUCUCCUGGGCGGCUGGAGAAGCAGCUGCUUCUCUCGAGUGUGACGGCGGCGGCGCCUGCGGACCUAACUAGCUCCAGGACUUGAAAAUACUGGAAAUCUGUCCGGAUCCAAAUUCUUUUGCAAGCCAGAUGAGUAACCAGACGGCAUGAAAGGUUGAGAACAUUUGACUUCCCUGCAAACCUUGGUAUAGAUCACUUCCUUUUCUGUAGGUUGGCACCAAAGAGCACAAUGAGUACAAGAAAACGUCGUGGUGGAGCAAUAAAUUCUAGACAAACCCAGAAGCGAACUCGGGAAGCAACCUCCACCCCCGAGAUUUCCUUGGAAGCAGAGCCCAUAGAACUCGUGGAAACCGCUGGAGAUGAAAUUGUGGACCUCACCUGUGAAUCUUUAGAGCCCGUGGUUGUUGACCUGACUCACAAUGACUCUGUUGUGAUUGUUGAUGAAAGAAGAAGACCAAGGAGGAAUGCUAGGAGGCUGCCCCAGGACCAUGCUGACAGCUGCGUGGUGAGCAGUGACGAUGAGGAGUUGUCCAGGGACAGAGACGUGUAUGUGACUACCCACACUCCCAGAAACACCAGGGAUGAGGGCGCUACAGGCCUCAGGCCCUCGGGUACUGUCAGUUGUCCUAUCUGCAUGGAUGGAUACUCUGAGAUUGUGCAGAAUGGACGUCUCAUUGUUUCCACAGAGUGUGGCCAUGUCUUCUGUAGCCAGUGCCUCCGCGAUUCCCUGAAGAAUGCUAAUACUUGCCCAACUUGUAGGAAAAAGAUCAACCACAAACGGUACCACCCCAUUUAUAUAUGAAGUAUUCAGAGUCGCCCAGGAGAGACGGAUGGACAGACAGACAGACAGACAGACAGGUUCUCCAGUGGUAUCUGCCUCCAUUUUCCUGAGCUCAAAAAGACUGUUUCGAAACCAACGUCUGAUAUGUAAACUGCUCUUUUGUUUCCAACCCCUUCUUUUUGUUAUCUCCAGUUUGAUGCUAUGGCGCUGGACCCAGGGCCCUCCCAGGCCAUCUCUGUUCCUCUGGGGUGGUCCAGUUCUAGAGUGGGAGAAAGGGAGUCAGGCACAUUGGGAAUCGUGGUUCUAGUCUGGUUGCAGAACCUGCACAUUUGCCAAGAAAUUUUCCUUGUUUGGAAAGUUUGCCCCAGCUUUCCCAGGCACACCACCUUUUGUUCCAAGUGUCUGCCGGUCGACCAAUCUGCCUGCCACACAUUGACCAAGCCAGACCCAGUUCACCCAGCUCGAAGAUCCCAGGUGCAAGAGUGGCCCCUUGAGGUCCUGGAAAGACCAAUCACUGGACUUCUUCCCUUGAGAGUCAGAGGUCACCCGUGAUUCUGCCUGCACCUUACCAUUGAUCUGCAGUGAUUUCUGCAAAUCAGGAGAAACUGCAGGGCAAUCCCCUGUUUCCUAAGAACAAAAAAGUGCAAUAAAGGCCAUUCAUUACCUACUUUUCAACAGCCCACAAGAUGUAGCACUAUUAGCGUCCCCCUCAGAGGCCUAAUGUUGCCUGGGGAGCAGUGCCCAUCCCAGCCCGUUUCUGCCCGCCAGUUGUUCUCAGGAACCUUACCCAUGCUCCAGCAUCCUUCACCUGGCACAGGACAUGCAAGAUAAAUAGGGCAGGCACGUGUUUGGGUGUCCUCUCUUUUCUGAUGAAAUCCAUCCUGUGUUUGCCACACGCCCUCCAGUCCUCAGUUCCUCAGUUCCCACUGCCUAAUGUCUGCCCCCGCGUAGAUACUGAGAGGUGGUGGCAGUAAUUGUGGCCUUAUCAGCCGCUCAGUUCCAGGCUUUUGCCCAAGUCACUGUUGCCCCAUGUUUCGGAGAACCUGGCCCACCUGACUUGGCUUUCUCAUCCUUCCCAACCCAGUGCCAUUUGUUUCAGAAGCUACUCCUCUGGCCAGCUGGGCUUGGAUCCUUUGGGCUUUGACUGCUCCAUAGGUUUUGAUGGGUGAAACACGGGCCCAGAUGACAACCUCUCCCUCACUCCACAGGUAUGUGGGAGCCUCAGGUUCUCUGAAGGGCAGCAAAGUGGCCCCCACUGCCCCUGACAGCACAGGGCCUGGGGGUGGCUAACAGGAGAGGCCUUACAGUGCCAGCCUGCCUCCUCUUCCGCUGUCCUCCUUCCUCAGAGGGCUGCAAGCCAAACUAACGGCCUUUUCGUGUGAAACAUCUUCAGAGUGGGAAAGGGGCCACUUCUGGCUUUGUUAGCAAUAACUGACCUUCAGGUUACCCUUCUGAAGGAGCAGGGACUCAGCACAGAAUUCACUUUAGACGGGGCUGAAGGAGUGUCCCUCCUCUAUGUGAAAAGAAAAUUGUUUUAUUCUUCAUUCUGACUUUUUAACUGUUUGGCUCACUUCCAGUUAGUUUGAAUGAAAAUAAUAAUUUUCUACUUGGAGUUGAAGAGUGCAGAAUCCUCAGCUCUCAUCAUUGUGAUGUGUAGCGUGUCUGCCCUCUGACUGAACAUCAUUGCCAUUAACUUUCUUCUGGGCAUCGUGCGAGUGUCAUGAUGCCCAGACUUGGAGCAAGGCAACCUUGGAGUCAGUCCACUAAUAAAAUAUGGUACCACCCAUUUUAAAAUUUCUUUAAGUUUUAUCCUUAAAGACAACUUCAGUGGUUAAUUAUAAAAGUUGUGUUACUUCGUCCUAAAUUAAAUUGAUAAAAGGAUUUAAAAAUGUGUUUUGUUUCUACUAUUCAGAAACUGCGAACUAGGGAAAGGUUGGUAUGAAAAAAAUGUCUUUCCUUUUUUCAAUGUACAUAGUUCAGCUCUUUCUUUGUUACAUUUAAACUAUAUCCAUGGAUAUCAGUCUGCUUUGGACUCCUCUGCUAGUGUUAAAGAUGGAAAUAAAACCAUUAAUUUGAACCAA